AUGGCAACACAUUCAUCAUGGAAGGAGAUCGAACUCCCAACCUCCACAUCAAGUGACGGAGGUAGUACCAUCCGGACUAACCCCUGCGAUGGUCAGAUGAGCCAUUUGAAAGAAAAGAAAAGGAAAUUUGUUGCAAGGCUUUUAAAGAUGGGGUUGGUUAAAAGGUUAGAGACUGGAAGUUUGAUAAGUAUGUUCGGAGUUGAAUGA